GUUCAUGCCGAUUUACCAUUUGUUAUUGAAGAAUCAAUUGUUUGACUGGUCUGUAAUUUCUUGUUGCAUUCUUGCUGUAGGUUUGCAAGUUUCUGGGGGUAUCAAAGUUAUCCUUUUUACCUGAAUAUGGUUCCAAGCUACAUGAAGAUUAUGUGAUGGUGAUGCAUCUCCCAAAAUUUUCAAAGGAUGAUAAUUCCAGAAAGUGUUGUUUGUCUGAUUGUUUUAGUUGUUGUAAUGAUAACUGGCAAAAGGUUUGGGCAGUACUGAAACCUGGGUUCUUAGCACUGCUAGCAGAUCCUUUUGAUGUACAACCUUUGGACAUUAUUGCUUUUGAUGUACUACCUUCCUCCGAUGGGAAUGUGGAUCAUCGUCAAUCACUGGCACAAGAAAUGAAGGAUCGAAAUCCCUUGCGCCAUUCGUUUAAGGUAACUUGUGGAAACCGGUGUAUUAGAGUUAGAGUAAAAAGUAGUGCUAAAGUUAAAGAUUGGGUCACUGCAAUUAAUGAUGCUGGACUCAAGCCCCCUGAAGGAUGGUGUCAUCCCCACCGCUAUGGUUCUUAUGCUCCUCCAAGAGGCUUGAUCAAAGAUGGAAGUCAGGCCCAAUGGUUUGUAGAUGGUCGUGCCGCAUUUGAGGCAAUUGCUUCUUCAAUCAAGGAUGCAAAAUCAGAGAUAUUUAUUUGUGGCUGGUGGUUGUGCCCAGAACUGUAUCUAAAGCGCCCUUUUCAUGCUCAUGCUUCAUCAAGGCUUGAUAAUUUGCUGGAAGCAAGAGCUAAGCAAGGGGUCCAGAUUUUCGUUCUUAUCUACAAAGAGGUAGCCCUUGCUUUGAAAAUCAAUAGUUCUUAUAGCAGGAGAAAGCUUCUUAGCAUUCACGAGAAUGUGAGGGUAUUACGCUAUCCUGACCACUUUUCUACUGGUGUUUACCUGUGGUCGCAUCAUGAGAAACUUGUGAUUGUUGACCACCAGAUUUGCUUUAUUGGAGGACUGGAUUUGUGCUUUGGUCGUUAUGACACCCCUGAACAUAAAGUUGGGGAUCUCCCUCCUAUUAUCUGGCCAGGAAAGGACUAUUAUAAUCCAAGGGAAUCUGAACCAAAUUCAUGGGAAGAUAUGAUGAAAGAUGAAUUGGACCGUGGAAAAUACCCGCGUAUGCCUUGGCAUGAUGUUCAUUGUGCACUUUGGGGGCCCCCUUGUCGUGACAUAGCGAGGCACUUUGUUCAGAGAUGGAAUUUUGCCAAGAGGAACAAAGCUCCAAAUGAGCAAGCGAUACCAUUACUUAUGCCUCGGCAUCAUAUGGUUAUUCCACAUUACUUGGGAAAGGACACAGAGGUGAAGAUUGAAUACAAGAAUAAUGACAACAACAGAACCAUGAUGAGGGAAGACUCCUUUAGCUCAGCAACUGAUGAUAUUCCUUUACUAUUGCCUCGGGAGUCUGGUGGGCUCAAUACUUCUGAAGAAGACCCCAAAAGUGGGUCAAGCUCAUUUUCAUAUCUGCGUGACCAGACUGCUAGUAGGCUCAGCAGCGGUCUUUCUUUCUCUUUAUGGAAGACCAGAGUUGAACCACUUAGUUCUGAUACACCAAUGAAGGGAUUUGUAGACAAUCUUGAUGGUGUGCAAGUGCGUCAUCAAAGGAAAAUGUCUCUAGAUAGAGUAUCUCUUGGUGAUGUCCAGAAUUCAGAUCAAGAGUGGUGGAAAACACCAGGACCUGGUGAGCAUGGAGGUUUUGCAGAAGACUCUGGACAAGUUGGCCCUCGUGUUUCGUGUCGUUGUCAGGUUAUUAGGAGUGUCACUCAAUGGUCAGCUGGAACAAGCCAAACCGAAGAAAGCAUCCACAAGGCAUAUUGCUCUCUAAUUGAGAAGGCAGAAUAUUUCAUCUACAUUGAGAAUCAAUUUUUUAUCUCAGGUCUUUCACGGGAUGAUGUAAUACGAAAUCGUGUAUCAGAAGCUUUAUAUCAACGCAUUAGGCGAGCUUACGACGAUAAGAAAACUUUCAGGGUUAUAAUUGUCAUACCUCUCCUUCCUGGCUUCCAGGGGGGCCUGGACGACAGUGGUGCAGCCUCUGUGAGAGCCAUAAUGCAUUGGCAGUAUAGAACUAUCUGCCGAGGACAGAAUUCUAUAUUACAUAAUUUGUAUGAACUUCUUGGUUCAAAAAUGCAUGACUAUAUCUCUUUCUUCGGCCUCAGGGCACAUGGUAGACUUUGUGAAAGUGUUCCCUUGGUAACCAGCCAGAUCUAUGUUCACAGCAAAAUCAUGAUUAUUGAUGAUUGUACAUGUUUGAUUGGAUCUGCUAAUAUUAAUGAUAGGAGUUUACUUGGCUCCAGAGAUUCUGAGAUUGGUGUAGUUAUAGAAGACAGAGAACUGAUUGAUUCCUAUAUGGAUGGAAAGCCUUGGAAGGCAGGAAAAUUCUCCUUGACUCUCCGAUUGUCACUAUGGUCUGAGCAUUUAGGUCUUGGAGCAGGAGAGGCCAAUCAAAUAAUGGAUCCAGUUGUUGAGUCUACCUACAAUGACAUUUGGUUGGCAAGAGCAAAGGAAAAUACUAAAAUUUACCAGGAUGUCUUUUCUUGUGUUCCUAAUGAUGUGAUACACAACAGAUAUGCUUUCCGACAAAGCGUUGCUUUUUGGAAAGACAAGAUAGGUCACAGUACUAUUGAUCUAGGGAUAGCUCCAAAAAAGUUAGAAAAUCAUCAUGACGGAGUUACUGAGAGCAUUGAUCCCAUGGAGAGGUUAGCGUCAGUGAAAGGUCACCUUGUUAGUUUCCCCCUGGAGUUCAUGAGCUUAGAAAAUCUAAGACCUGCUUUCAAUGAAGGCGAGUUCUAUGCUGCCCAAGUUUUCCAUUGACUAUCAUGUCUCAGCAAGAGAUAUGUUUCACCAUUACACACACCUUUUUUUUUUUUUACGUGAGGUUUUGUAAGUUAUUGUUUGCAGAGAUUUUUCUAUUGCAACUCUGCAAGAGAGAGAGAGAGAGAGAGAACCCCUGGCGAGGGGCACUUGAGUUACAAUAUCAAGAAAAAAAUAUGUAUUAGAAUGUUUAUGAAAUUCGUCAUUUUUUUCAUAAAUGAAAAUAACAUCAAUUUUCAUA